AUGAAGAGGGAGCCAUGGCAGGGUGAGGAGGCUGCCACCUUCGUGGCGGACCUGUGCGAGCUGCCGCAGUAUGCGGAGACCGCCAUGCGGAACUUCUCAUUGAUUGGCCUCAGGGACUUGAGGAAGCAGGGCUUCCUCUCCAAAGGCCUGUCUCGCGCCGGGAUCUGCGACUGGCAACAUCAAAAAAGGAUUGCCACUGAGCUGAUCAGCUUGGAGCAGAGCUUAAGUGCAGAGAUGCUGGAGGGCCCAGUGCUGAGCCGCUCCGCGUCGGACCCUUCGGUGACGAUCCGAGCGUCACAGAGCUUGGAGCAACACGUGAGGAAGCCAGGGCCGUUUCGAUUGCCGCGCGGCCAUCUUGACGACCUUGCUUCAAUAAGUGGGACAAGGCCUCCGGUGAAGCCGCAAAAGAAUCAGUUCAUGAUUUGCCGUGGUGACAUGUCAAAAAUCAGGUCUCCGCAGCUGACCGGCACUGCAAAGGCGAUGCUGAAACCCUCAGCCUCCUUAGGCCCCAGCUAUGCCUCACAAGAACGACGUUCACCCAGCCUGUAUAAUUUGCCAUGA